AUGAACAUGCGUCACACUUACGGGGUCAGCCCAGUGGCAGUGAUCCACGGCAAGGACCUGCCGGGCAGGCCGGUAGUGGGAGCGUGGGAGAUCCCAGAGCGCUGCACAACAGUAGUGUUCCCAGGAGAUCGCGUCGUCUUCUUGGAGCCCGCGGAUGAGUCCUUCGCAGAAGCUUGCAGCAGGUUGACAGAUGUGGCAGAAAAUGGUCGGCUUGAGUUUGUGGAGCAGGAGAUUUUCGGUCCGAGCUCAGACAACUUGGCCCUGCUAGAGACCCCGAGCAGCUCAGCUUCGCUGCGUGAGUUGCUUGACCUUCUCAUGGUGGCAGAGAUCCCCAACCAGCCUCGGCCCGAUCCAAGGCGAGGGCAGGGCGGCGGUGGUGGCGGUGAAUCCCAGGAUGUGCAAGAGGUCACGUGA